AUUUUAUAUUAUUAAUUAUUACUACAUCGUUAUUUUUCUUGUUGAACGAGAACGAAGAGAAACACGUAGAAUAUUCCUUUUAAUUUUCCUUCGAGUCACAUUUGCAAUUAUUAGAUCUAUAAUUUGAAAGUAUUUGAUAAAUGAUGAAAAUUAGAAUCGUAGGAACAUUGAGAAUCUAUUAAAAAAUGUCUAUUGAAUAUGAUAUGACAGAAAAGUUAACCCUAUGAUUAGUUUUCUAUUCAAUUAUUAAAGAUUAUUUAGUAUCAAUGAAAUGGAUGUGAAAGAGAGAAACGACGAUAAACGAAAUAUUAUUGACAGAUGAAUUAUAUCGAUUUUAGCAUCCUGGAAAUAUUGGAAGAAGUGACUUGAGAAACUUGACGGCACUUGUGUUGUCGUAAAAGUCACAUAGAUGGUUGAGAUGAGUGGGACGUUGUCGUCGUCGCCACAGCCGACGGCGACGACGUCUCAUCGUAAGCAUAAAAACGGUGAAAUUUCGUCGACUAUGAUAAGCACGAACGAGAUGAUCUUACCAACCGGAAAGGAUUUCACCGCUUGUUACAUGGAACUCUGCAAGAAGUAUCAUCUGAGACCUUUACCGGUGAUCUGCGUGACAUUACCCUAUAACUUGGACUUUACGACCGAUCGCGUUAAGAUGGAGGACUGGAGACCUAUUCUGAACGCCUUGUCGCUUGAUCGUAGCCUCAGAUCGAUCAGCAUACGUAGUAGAUAUCAAUAUCGCAAACCGUCGGAAGUUGGCAACGUGAGUUUCGAAGAUAAAGUUCGAUCGAAAGGUCCUGGUGCAUUAACUCAAUGUCUUCUGGAAUGGCUAUCCCAUAGCAUCGGGCAAUGCGUGAGGAACUCGUACAGUUUGACUCGUCUGGAGCUAGAGGGUAUACCCUUUCCGACGGACUGUUUGGCGGUCUUGUGCGUCGGCCUCGCUGGCACGGAAACGCUCGAACAUCUUUCCUUUCAACGUUGUUACAUCGGCGAUGCUGGCUGCGAACUCGUCUGUCGUGCGAUAACCGACGUACGAACGAUCAGAUCGUUGAAUUUGAGCGAUUGCGAUCUUACGUCCAGAUGCGGCACGGUUCUAGCCGCCACCUUAUCAAGGCAAGAAUUAUCGCUUUAUCAUGACACCUGGAAACAAUCCCUGAGAUAUCGAGAGCCAAAUAUCGAAGCGAUGCCUGGUCUACGCCGAUUGACUCUCAGCGAUAAUCCUCGCUUGGGUGACUCCGUCGUAUUGAAGAUAAUCGAAGCUAUUAGAGAUAGUCUAUGGUUGAAGGCGGUCGACCUUCGGCAUUGUGGCCUAACCGAUCAGAUAGGUGACGAUCUUAUCGGACUCCUGGAGCAGAAUUCUUCUCUGACGGUUCUCGACGUACGACAGAAUCCAAACAUGAACGAAAAUCUAAUCGGUGAGAUUUUACGACGUUUAGAUGGUAAGGAAAAUGGCGAGUACGGCUGGUUGAAUUCGUCACGAAGAGAUAGGAAGAUAUCUUCGAUGAAUCUUCAAAUGAAGAAUAAUAACAAGAAGAGUAACAAGGAGAACGAGGUCAAUGGUGCGUACAGGAAAAAAAAUCAAAGAGAAGAAAGUUCGGUUUCGAAUCCCGUUAACAGGUCGAAAAUUUUAACUUCUUUUGUGAAAACACGAAAAGUGAAUUAUCAAAAGACGGAACGGAAUGGAGCCGUGACACAGCCGUCCGAUAAACCUUCCUUGCAUCUAGAUCUUCAGUCACGAAUAAAACCGAUCGUUGAGACGACGAAUUCGCUCGAGGUAAGUGAAUCGAGCGUUCGAUACUCGGAGAAAAUCGAUUUGGAGAAAAAGAACGAAGAGAGAGAAGAGAUCACGGCAAUGAUGAGAGAAUUGAUGCUGGCAAGAACGACUAACAAUCAUUUGUUGGAGGAAAGCAAACGUCAAGAUCUUUUGAUCGCACAUGAAAAAGCAAAGCGUGAAAUAGCCGAGACGAAACUGAGAGCGAUGAGUGGCGACUUAGCCGAUUUAGAAAAUAUAUUGAGAGAGAAGGAUCGAGAGACCGACGGUUUCUUAUUGGUCAGUCAACGAUCAUUGAACGACAUUUGUGCUUCGUUCGAUAGAUUGGUAGAAUUAUUGGAAAGUCUAACUAGAAAUACGAGGUUCGAUAAAAAGAAUUCAGAGGAGGGUCUUUUGGUUAGCAAGGACGUGAAACAUCGCGUUGACACUGUCGUUAGAAAGACGAAGUCUGAGAAUCUAGGACGAGGAUACGUCGUUGAUAUCGAGGACGAAGAACAGGAAGAAGAAAUAAUGGAGGAAGAAAAUGAACUGGUCGUUGAAUCAUCCAGAUUCGACAAGAUUCAGAAGUUCGUAAAAUCCGAAGGAGAUGUAAGGAGGAAGCUACCUUCGCCAGUUACACCGGUACGAGUUGAAAGAAAUAUCGGCGACAAUCCAGACGUAGUCGGACCUUCCUUGAAGAGUUGUGUUCUUGAUCGUUUUGAUGCUGGGGACAAAUGUAACGUGUCUUCCGUGGACAGAGCAAGAAACAUUUUCCUUCGUUUCGUCAACGGCGAAGUCGAAGGGAACUUUUUAAUCGCCUGAUAAAGAAUCUAUUUGAAAUAUCUAUUAGCAAAUGGAAAAGCAGUUAAGAUUAGAGGUCGUUUGUAUAUCCACGUUUUUCUUAAGCUCUGUGAUUGUACAUGAAAUAGAUAUCGUUUAUCAUUUUGCAAUGGAAAGUUCACAAACGGUUCUUAGUAAAGAAAAGAGAGAAGAUGCGAUCGGGAACGUCGUCGUUUAUCGCUUUUAACGUUCACCCCUUGGCACUCUAUGGAUUUUCCAUUACUUCCGGCCUGGGUCGCCGGUUACUUGAAAAACGCCUAUGCACGGGCUACCGGUCAAAGGUAAUUUUUCAUGAUAGAUCACGCUCGGCGUGGCGUGUCGCGAGCGAUCUUGUUCGCAACGUGAAUGGUGAAAGGUAAGUCGUUGCGCAGCACAAGAUCAAACGUUCCAGCAACGUCGUCCGGUGUGUGCUCCUCUUUCUUCCUCUCUCUUGCUCUCUCUCUCUCUCUCUCUCUCUCUCUCUUUCUCUCGUUUUCUCUCUCUCUCUUUCUCUCUUUAUCUCUCGACGUGUCGUCGAUUAUCGAUCACCGUCGUCCUCGCUUUUACGCGUACGAAGCCUUUAAACGAGACCUCGUUUGCGUCACGAUAAUAAACGGUUCGAUGCUGUUAUGCUUUCCAUUCUAUUCCUCGUCGAGCGAUCGUAUAGAAACGGUAAAGAUUAGAAAUACGACGAUUAGAUGUUUAAGGACUUACCCGAAAACACCAACGGCUACUGCAGCCUCGCGAAGUGCCCUUUCUUGGUCCAUCUCGACCAGUGCCUCCGGUCUUAUAGUCGCUGUGUUUCUAGGUUGUCUUUCAUUCUGAACAGCUGAAACGAAAAAUAUUAUUUCCUUUACUCUCUCGAAUUUUAUUUUGUAAAUUCGAUGAGUUUGAUUUUCAAGCACGAUGGGUGGCGAACUCAUUGAGAGGUAAUUGAAAUAUUACGAUGAUUUCGCUUCGUUGCUUCUCGGCAGAUUAAUCAGGGAACAAACGCGCUCCGCCUUCAACGGCCAACCCCUCUCUCCAUCUCUCUCUCUCCCUCUCUCUCUCUCUCUCUCUCUGUAUCUAUCCCUCAUCUCUAUCUCUUGUUCGCGUCUCGUCAAAUUCACGUAACUCACGGUUAUGUCAUGCGAACAUUGUGCGUUUGACAAGCACGGAGUUUAACGGACACGCAGAAAUCAGCCACGUUAUUGUUUGCCUGUAUAUUCGCCGUUAGGUAACUCCCAUUCUACGAGCGUGGUAUUCUCAUCGGCGAUCGAUUCGUACGUUUCCACCACCCGAUAUUCUCCAAAGAGAAUACUCUUCUCUCCUUUCUCCUCUUUUCUUUUUCAUGGUUUUUUAUUUUCUUG